AUGCCCAGCAAGACUCCCAACGGCAACGGCAAGAAGCCCGUGCAAAACGGCAUUCACAAAGAUACCGAGAUGAAGGACGCCAGCAAGCCCAAGGGCAAGAAGGGUGCCAAGGAUGGCGACGACGAAAUGACUGUUGUUGUGCCCCCAGCUAAGGGCAAGAAGGGCCCGGCUACUCGCGCUGCCGACGCUGAUGGCGACGUGGCCAUGGGCGACGAGGAUGCCGCCGAGCAGGUCGACCCCACGGAGCAGACCGUCACAGAUAUCAAGAGCAACUUUGCUCUGCUAGACCGCGCCGUCGCCCUCUUCGACGCCAGAUUCUCCCUCCGAGCUCUCCGAUCCAUCUCUCUGCUUCGAAAACGCUUGAACCCCGAUGUCAUUUCCCAAGCCAUCGUCGACACCUUCCCCGCCACCGUUGCUUCUGGCGAUGUCGCCAAGACUCUGCUCGCAGCCGUCGGCCGUGAGAGCAUUCCUCUCAAGGCCCUAAGCGAGAUGGACAUUGACUCCGACUCCAAGCCUGCCAAGAACGGCGCCAAGAAGGAGACAAAGGAAGUCAUCCCCGAGAUUGACAUCUUCCUCGGCAUCCUCGUCCAGGUCUACCUCUUUGAUGCCAAGCAGUAUCAGAAAGGUGCUGCCUUUUCCGAGAAGCUUGUAGAGCGCGUUCAGUCCCUCAACCGUCGCACGUUAGACUCGCUUUCCUCCAAGGUCUACUUUUACUACUCCAUCUUCUGCGAGCACAUUGCGCCCCUGCCCCCGUCGCCAGAGUCGCCCAUUGUCGCCAUCCGCCCGACUCUGCUCGCCGCGCUCCGCACAGCUGUCCUGCGCAAGGAUAUUGACACGCAGGCUUCUGUCAUUGUGCUGCUGCUAAGAAACUAUCUCUUGACCUCUCACAUUAACCAGGCCGAUCUCCUGGUAUCGCACACGCAAUUCCCCGAGAACGCCGUCAACAACCAGGUCGCCCGAUUCCUCUACUACCUGGGUCGCAUCCGUGCCAUCCAGCUCCGAUACACCGAAGCUCACGACCAUCUCACCGCUGCCACCCGCAAGGCGCCGUCCAGCAACUGUGCCGUUGGCUUUUCCCAGACCGCCACCAAGCUGCUCAUGGUUGUCGAGCUGCUCAUGGGAGACAUUCCCGACCGCGCCACCUUCCGCCAGCCCACUCUUGAGGACGCCCUGCAGCCGUACUUCCUACUCGUCCAGGCCGUCCGCGUCGGUAACCUGGAGGAGUUUGAAAUUGCGAUUGCGGACCACGCCGAUGCCUUCCGCCGCGACGGAACAUAUUCUCUCAUCCUGCGCUUGAGACAAAAUGUCAUCAAGACUGGUAUUCGCAUGAUGUCGCUGUCAUACUCGCGUAUCUCGCUGCGCGAUAUUUGCAUUCGUCUGCAUCUUGGAAGCGAAGAAAGUGCCGAAUACAUUGUUGCCAAGGCUAUCCGUGAUGGCGUCAUUGAGGCUACUCUGGAUCGCGAACACGGUUUCAUGAAGAGCAAGGAGGUGGGCGACGUGUACGCUACCAGAGAGCCCGGUGAGGCAUUCCACGACCGCAUCAGAGCGUGCCUCGCUCUCCACGAUGAAAGUGUCAAGGCUAUGCAAUUCCCCAUGAAUCAGCACCGUCUCGAACUCAAGAAUGCGCAAGAAGCUAGAGAGAGGGAGCGUGAGAUGGCCAAGGAGAUACAGGAGGGAGACUUGGAUGACGAUGAUCUCGGCGGCGAUUUCGACGGAAUGUAA